AUGUUUUUGCGGUUCCCCAAGUGGAGUUUUGUACUUGGCAUUGUGCUAUUGCUGUUGGUAGCUUGGAUGACUCUACUUGUUUUCAACUCUGCGUUGAUAGUUGUACCCAUUUCACUUGGGAGAACACUCUUCAAUGCCCUUCCACUUCUUCCAGUAACCCAUGGCAUCAAGUGUAAUGAUUCUUAUGCUUUCUUCAUUGAAAGCUAUGUUAUUUGGACUGUCUUGGCAAGAGCAAAGUAUUUUAUUGACCGUAUUCGGAAAAAGCAAACUAGUGUUUUGCUUGGCCAGAUAUGGAAAUGGUGUGGCAUCAUUCUCAAGAGCUCUGCACUAUUGUCAAUAUGGGUAAGAAUGGCUUUGGCUCUUUAUGGUCUUAUUGUCGGCAUUAUUCUCUCUUCUCGUGCUGGUCAGUCAAGAGCAGCCUAG